AUGCCGCGCUUUCCGCCACCCCAGGAGUGGGUGGCGCUGGUCGCCAACGCCGAGUUCUUCUGCAACGACGUCCAAAAUGAGUCACUGGCCGAGCAGCUGCGCGAGAAGGCGCGCUACUUCCGGGAGCAGGGCAAGGAGCAGGACUUCUUCCUGGUGCCCAACCCCAAGUGGCUGGACGCCAAGUACCCGGCGCAGGGCAAGCAGGUCCGCCGCCCCUGCCUGGCCCUGGUGUCGACCGACACCACCUGGAUCACCUUCAUGAAGCUGCGCCUGGACCGCGUGCUGAAGAUCGAGCUGGUGGGGCUCACCACCGAGGAGGUGCUGGAGGCCGGCGAGGCGCUGCCCGAGUUCAAGCGGCCCGAGAUCAAGACCUCCCCGUACCCCUGGUACAGCGCCGGCUGGUGGGAGAAGUUCUACCCCAACUAG